AGAAACUUGCGAAACGCCCUGAAAAUGAUGCGCCGUGGACUUAUCUUCUUCCAGAUGUACGGAGCACCCCAUGCCCCGUAUGGAAUGAAUCCUAGCUCCCAAGAUCCUGCAGCUGGCGGUGGCAGCAGUCCGUCGACGCGGAUGAUGAUGCAGCGGGUGCAGAAGCUGGUUCUCGAUCCUACGUCGUUCAUUGAGCGACCACCUCGCAAUUCCAUUUUGAACAUUGUCCCGCAAGGUCACGAGUACGUUGUGGAGCGGUUGGGCCGCUACCACCGCACGCUGGAUUCUGGAUGGUGGGUUGUGAUCCCGAUUAUAGACAAAAUCCGCUACAACUACAAUGUGAAAGAACAGGGUAUCGAGAUUCCGAAUCAAUCAGCGAUCACGUCCGAUAACGUGAUGGUUGAAAUCGAUGGCGUGCUGUUUUUGAAAAUUGUGGACUCUUCGAAGGCCAGCUACAAUAUCGAAAACCCGGUGUACAACUUAAUCAACCUGGCGCAAACGACAAUGCGCAGCGAAAUUGGCCGAAUGCCACUAGACAGUCUUUUUCGGGAACGCGCGAGUCUGAAUCAAAACAUUGUGGAAGUGCUCCGGCGUGAGGCCAACGAGUGGGGCAUCGAAUGCAAGCGUUACGAAAUUAGAGACAUUAUUGUAAGCGAACUGGUGCGUCGUUCGAUGGACUUGCAGGCGGAGGCAGAGCGAAAAAAGCGUAAGCUCGUUUUGGAAAGUGAAGGUGAGUCUACUGCGACAGUGAAUCGGGCGAACGGCAUGAAAGUUGCCCAGCAAUACGUCGCAGAUGCUGCCAAGUACACUACGGAGAGAAACGCUGAGGGUGAGGCGGCUGCGAUUCGCAUUAAGGCGGCCGCCGUCUCGGACAACAUUUCUCUCGUGUCGGAGGCUAUCGACAAGGCAAAGCACGGUACAGAAGCUAUUUCGCUGCGUGUCGCAGAGAACUACAUCGAAAAAUUCGGCGAGUUGGCGAAGGAGUCCAAUACAGUGGUUAUGUCUCAACCAGUGAGCGACCCUGCGACAUUUGCGACUCAGGCGUUGUCUGUCUUCAACACUGUAGCGACUUCUGCUGCAAAAGGCGCGUCAACGCCUGUCAAGUGA